AAUUGUUCAAAGGAAGGACUGCUGCUUCAGAAACCACAGUUCUCAGCUCAGCACACUUAGAAACAUUGCUUGUUUCAACUUCUUUUCAGUCUGCUUUGGAACAGCUAUGCUGCCCGAUUCAACUUCAGCUCUUCUUCUCCUGAGCGUCCUCCUUGUUCACUCCUCUGUUCUGUCCUGUCGGAUCGGGACCCAAAAAGAGUGUGAUGCUGCUCCUUUUGCACCAGGCCACGACCUGGUGGGGGAAGGUUUUGACAUAGUCACACUGGAGAGAAAAAGACUUCAUGUGAUUGAUGUGACGACUUAUCUGAGCCCCAGCAAAACCUGUAAACUCUGCACCAACCCUCUUCAAAAACAUGCCCUCCAAAAACUUCCAUCUUCUGUUGUGGACUGGAGUUACGUCAGUCAAUGCAGUCCUGACAUCCGCAGCAAACUUCACACCUCUCUUAGCUCUCUGGUUGAGUCUUACACAACCCAAGAUACCAAUGAUUGGUCGGUUGGCUUGAAGGUUCAAAUGUUUGUGUUUGCCGGCCUAGAUGCGGGAGCAACCCGCUCCAAUGCCUACAAGUUCGUUUCACAAAGAAGCAAAGAGGAUCGCUACACUUUCAGCAUACACAGUGUCGCCUGCAGCCAUUAUGGUUUGAUAUUAUCAAACACACCUCCCUUAACCUUAAAAUUCAAAAAGCGGUUAGACCUCCUGCCAAGUCACUACAACAACUCCACUAAGAACGAGUUUAGAAAGCUCAUAAACACCUAUGGCACACACUACUUCAGAAUGGUUAAUAUUGGAGGGCGACUGAGACGACUGAUAUCUUCACGAAGCUGCUUGGCCUCCCUGAAUGGGUUAAACGCAAAAGAGAUCCACUCCUGUUUAUCUAUGGGUAUAGCUGUUGGCUUGGGGAAAGUGAAAAUCUCUAGUGUCCAGAAGUCUUGCAUUGGUGUCCUAAAAAACCUGGACUCCGCCACUAACUUCAGCUCUGGUCUCCACCAAAACUUCACAGAAGUGUCAGGAGGAAAUGGUUGGUUGGGGGAGUUUUCAAUUUUCCAAAAUGAUUCCAUAGACUACAUGAACUGGCUAAAGAGCCUGAAAGAACAACCAGAUGUUGUUUCACACUCCCUUCGACCUCUCUAUGAGCUCGUGCCAAACGAGCUUCAAAAGGCAGCAGUGAAAGCUGCUAUUGAGCAGUAUUUGAAGGACAAUGCUGUGAAGAAAUCACCCAAAGAACCACACUGUGAGGGCAAAACCCCUAAUGUGGCCUCUAACUGCUGCCCUCAGCACGCCUCAUGGGGAACUCUAUCAGUGACCAUUGUUCGAGGCAGGGAUCUAUUCGGAGAUGAGCUUUCACUAACUGAUGGCUAUGCCAAGAUGUACUAUGGUUCCAUACAACGCAAGACCAAAAUCAUCGAGUCCAAUAAUCCUCAGUGGAACGCUGAGUUUAAUUUGGGCAAGGUUGACACAAGCCUGGAAUUGAAGAUUGAGGUUUGGGAUAAAGACUGGAAAUCCGACGACCUUCUAAUACGGUGCGAGAAGUACCUGAUCCCUGGCAGUCACACUUUCACGUGCAAAGGACAGUAUGGAAACGUUGAGGUUAAAUACAUGCUGACCUGUGACCCGUAUCUGACUGGAGAAAAGUGCAGCCAUUAUAAACCAUCUCCUUUAGAGACAGAUGAUUGGUGAGUUUUGGGAAUGAAAGCAUUUCAUUUCUUCACAUAACAUUAACUCACUAAAUCUGGUAGAAACUAACAAUUUAUUCUUAAUCGUUUAGUUUUGUUAAAGACCUAGCUAAAUGUGUAUUUAUCAUACAAUGAAAAAUUCAAGAUUCUGUGUAACAUUUAAUCACAAGAAAUAGCUAUGUUUUAAUAUAUGCAACCAGAAAUUGUGUUCCAUUAAAUGACAAUAACAUUUUUGAAAUUGCUA